AUCAACUAACAUGUAAACAAAAAUUUUUCCAUUUCAAUUGAAUAAGUUGAGUUGUUUUAGAAUUUAUUUGUGAUUCGUUUUUUUUUAUUUAAAUUGAGUUAAUUUUAUUGUUUUUUUUUCAAAUGGAAGGUGUUGAGGAUUAUGAUCCAAUUCGUGCAGAGAUAAAAAAGAGACGUCGAGAAGCUGAAGAAGAGGAGAGGAGAAAGGCCGCCGCCGAUUUUUCUGAAGAGGAAGAUGAAGUUUACAUUCCAAUUAAAGAGAGAAGGAGAAAAAUCGCAGAAAAAUACAUUAAACCAAAGAAUGACGAUGUAAAAGGGGCAUCUGAUUCGAAUGGACCGGAUACAAGUCAAGAUGCUGAUGACGAUCAAGUGAUGGCCCGUUAUAAUGUCUCUCUAUUUGAUCAACAUGCUGAGCUGAAAAAAUUGGCCGAACAGAGGAAAGAAACUGCUCUAGAGAAACAAUUGGAAGAGGAGAAGAAAAUUCUUGAAAGUAUUGCUGAGAAAAAAGCUCUCAUGGGUGUUGCUGAAUUGGCCAAAGGAAUUCAAUAUACUGAGCCAAUUAAAACCGGAUGGAAGUUACCUAAAUAUAUCGAGGAAAUGUCGGAAACAAAGAGGAGCAGAAUCCUUGAAAAGUACAGAAUUUUGGUUGAUGGGGAAGAUAUUUGUCCGCCAGUUAAAACUUUUCGAGAGAUGAAACUACCAAGAUCAAUUCGAAAAGCGUUGAGGAAAAAAGGGAUUAAAAAACCAUCGCCAAUUCAAGUUCAAGGAUUACCGAGUGUUCUAUCGGGUCGAGAUAUGAUUGGAAUUGCGUCAACAGGAUCUGGUAAAACUUUGGUGUUCGUUUUACCUCUUAUCAUGUUUGCACUUGAACAAGAAUAUUCGAUGCCUUUCGUCAAAGGAGAAGGUCCUUAUGGACUGAUUGUUUGUCCUUCUCGUGAAUUGGCUAAGCAAACAUUUGACAUAAUCAAAUACUAUUGUGAAGCUGCGGAAUCGGAUGGUCUUCCAAGAUUGAAACCUUGUCUUUGUAUCGGUGGAAUAUCAAUCAAAGAUCAAACCGAUAUGCUCAGAAAUGGAGUGCACAUUGUGGUCGCUACUCCAGGUCGAUUGAUCGCCAUGUUGAACGAGAGAAGAGUAAAUUUAGAAGUAUGCAGACACAUGGUUCUAGAUGAAGCCGAUCGAAUGAUUGAUUUAGGUUUCGAAGAAGAUAUAAGAACAAUCUUCUCUUUCUUCAAAUCUCAGCGGCAAACUCUUCUUUUCUCAGCGACUAUGCCAAAGAAAAUUCAGAACUUUGCUCGAAGUUCUUUGGUUAAACCAAUAACUCUCAACGUUGGUCGAGCUGGAGCCGCGAGUUUAACUGUAACUCAAUCUGUCGAAUAUGUUAAACAAGAAGCCAAAUUUGUUCACCUUCUUCAAACUCUCCAGAAAACACCACCGCCUGUUUUGAUUUUCGCAGCUAAAAAACAAGACGUCGAUGCGAUUCAUGAGUACCUUUUACUUAAAGGAGUCGAAGCUGUUGGAAUUCAUGGUGGAAAGGACCAAGAGGAAAGAUCCACCGCCGUUGAUAGUUUCAGAAAAGGAGAGAAAGAUGUCCUGGUCGCUACUGAUGUCGCAUCAAAGGGUUUAGAUUUCGCUAAAAUUCAACAUGUCAUCAAUUUCGAUAUGCCAGAUGAUAUCGAAGAUUAUGUCCAUCGAAUCGGUAGAACUGGUCGAUCUGGAAAAAAAGGACUUGCUACCACAUUCGUUAAUCGAUCAGUUGAAGAAUCGGUUCUUCUUGAUUUGAAACAUUUAUUAAUCGAAGCAAAGCAAAAAUUACCACCAUUCUUAAUCGCUCUACAAUCAGAACAUGAACAAUUUCUCAAUCUCGGUGAUGGAAAAGGUUGUACUUAUUGUGGUGGAUUCGGUCAUCGAAUCAUUAAUUGUCCGAAACUUGAAGCCAUGCAAAACAAACAAGCAUCUAACGUUGGUAAUAAAGACUAUCUUGCAAAUUCAGCAGCUGAUUGGUAAAAAACAACUUAUAUAUGUACAUUAAUUCAUUAACUUUGUAUUUAUUUUUAUCACAAUUAAAUCACAUUUAAAUUGAUACAUAA